AGCCAGCGAAGAAUAGCGAAACGAACAAUAGUGAUCCGUUCUUCGUUGUACAAACUGUAAAAAGAUUACUAUGAAAUCAAUCUCAUGAAGAAUAACCUAUCCCAAUACGGGAAAGAUAGUAAAAUUUUAAACGAAAAAUUAAGAUGCGUUCGAAAAAGAUAACGAUAACUUAUAGGAAAUGAGUGGGGAGUAUUUCCUGCAUGCGAUUCAUCUAAAGCAUCAUGUCUCAUUUCUAUUGGAUUCUUCUCCAAAAGAAAUAAAAUGUGGGCCUAUGUGUUGUUUGUGUGUUUGGUUGUACCCAAAAAUGUAUUAGCACUAUGGGGAGCAAACACAGGAUGUCCAAAUAUAUGUACCUGCAAACUGGAGCAUCUGACAGAAACCCCAAUUCACAGAUUCAUGCAGACACACAAAAACAGGCCAAUACAUGGCGAAGUACUUUCAGUAGAACUAAAUGAUGUAUUACCAGAAGAAAGCUUGGAUUCAGAAAUAUUUCAAGAGAAACCAAUAGUGAGAUCAGCAACUUGUAUUCUACAAACGGAGACAGUGCCAUCUGAACUGAUCAAAAGCCUUCCAAACGACAUAGAAACCUUAACCCUAAUCCAGGGAUACGAGAGCGGCAACAAAACAUUCAAAUUGAGUGACUUGUUACAGUUCGAACAGUUAGUAAGUCUUGAAUUAUUAGGACCUCAACUUUUCCAACACGGCAACAGUCACCUAUUCUGUGAAAUAGACAAACCGUUGCCAGAUUUGAAAUACCUAAGUUUAGAAAGAAUUCUCAUAAAAAACUCAAAGAAUCAACUACAAAAUUUCGUUAAGGAGGUGAACGAAGAAGAGAUGACAUUCGAGUAUACUCAAAAAUUCGAUACCAACGCACACCCUCUGACGCUGAUUCAGGAAGGAACAAACGAAGAAAUUCUCCCUUAUUCGAAGUACAAAACAAGAAAAGAAUACGCUAGGGUUCCGUUAUUUUUCGGAUUCAAAAAUCUCAAUCUACUAAGAAUAAGAUCAUGCGAAUUGAAUGUUGUUCACUGGGAAAUGUUCGACGGUUUACAAAAUCUGGAAUACCUAAUUUUGGAAAAGAACAACUUACACUUCAUACCGCCAUUUGCGUUUUAUGGCACACCGAAUCUAAAAACAUUGUCACUGUCUCACAAUAGCUUAUUGGACAUACAAAUCACAGAUUUAGCCGGGCUGUUGGAGUUAGCAUAUCUAGACUUAUCACAUAACAAUUUUUCUCAAUUAUCCGAACUUUCGUUACCACCAUUUCCGAACUUGAAAUUGGCUAAUUUCGCGAAUAAUCCUAUAACUGUGAUAUUUCCCAAUACUUUUGAAGUUAUGAAUACGACGGACUCAUUGAUAAUCGGUAGCGAUUAUAUGGAAUUGAGUCUGCUGAAGAAUUCAUUUUUGGGAUUGGAAUUACUGAAAAUUUUAACGCUGAAAAAUUUGCAUGUCAGACUUUUCAAACGGGAACUACUUACCGGGAUGCCAAAUCUAAAAGAAUUAGUCGUCACUGGCAAUAUAACAGAACUUGAAUUCGAUGCAUUCCUCGAGGUAUACGAAUUGGAAAAGUUGAUACUGAGCGAAUGCAAAAUUCAAAAUAUUUCAAUGGACAGUUUCGUUGGACUGGAAAAGUUGGAGUUUUUGGAUCUAUCCAAAAACAGUUUAGAGUAUUUGCCACCAAAUGUUUUUGACGAACUCAGUUCUUUGAAAGAAUUAUACCUCAAUGACAACAAAUUGAUUGAAUUACCUCGUGAUAUUUUUGCGAGAAUUCAUCCGAAACUUUUGAGACUUAAUAAAAACCCAUGGCAUUGCUCUUGUCAAAUGAGCGAAUGGAAACCUAUGAUUAUAAACAAAUUGAAACGAAAAACAAUUAAGCAAUGCGACAGAUCAUUGGACAAGGGAAUUGGCUGCGAGACUGAUAACCAUAUUUACUUCAAAUACGUGUACGAUAACAAAAUAGCACCAAAAUGUGUUUCACCGUCGCAAUAUCAAAACUGGAGUGUAUUCCAAGUCAUGAGAAGAUUACUGAAAUGUCCAGACUACAAACCCAAGCUCAGGAAAAAUUUGAAAAUACAGAAUAACGUAGUGAGUAGUAUCAAUAACAUUAGUACAUCACCUGUUGUCGUACACACCACUGACAUAUAUGAGCAUCUCAAAAAGGAGAAUUAUUCUAUUAAAGUAAAUAGAAGCGAAGAAAUGCUAGAAAAUAUUGAUGACAACCGAAUUGUUCCUCUUCUUCAUUCAAGCGAAAUUCAUGCACCAACAUACGUGUCAGCUGAAUUAAUGAAUAAUAAAAUCAACACCAAUAAUAAUACAACUAAGCAUGACAGUCACAAAAGGAGGAGAAUUCACAAAAUAAGAAAAUAUCGAAAGCAUCUCCAGAAAAAAAUUAAGCAAAGGCAAAAUUUGAAUUAACCUAUUGUCAUAUAAAAAAAUUGCACCGUUGUCACUCCAGAGUAUUAAAUUAUAUGAUAUCCAGAAAGGAGAGAGGGACAUAAAAGAAAUAUUCUAUUAAUUAUUUUUAUAUUAUUUUCGUAAUGCGAUGAAAAGGUUUAUGAUUAAAAUCUCCAAUCUUAACGAAAAUGCGGCCGACCACGAUUGAUGAAUUGAUUGAAGUUUUCGUUGUUUAUUGAUACAGUACAUAUGAUCCAUAUUUAUAUGACACCCAUUCUUUCGUGUUAUGUGAGAAAUGACUAAUUCUCAUCAAUUUGGAUGUUGAUAGAUAAUUUUUUAGAUAAGUUUGUAUAUUUACUCUGUUAGGGUAUUUAAGUAGAAGAAAUACAGAUCUUGAUAAUUGAGUAUAAUAACUGUUUGUAAAUAAAAAAAUUGAAAAGAUGUGAGUAUGUUUUCUGAAUCUAAUUUUACUUUUUACUAUUUGAGACAAUAAAUGUGAAAAACUUA